AUGAAAGCUCCGAAACUCCUCUCUCUGGGCUAUACCUUCUUGGCCCUGCUUUUUUUCCAGCAGGCCUGGGCUCAAUUCCCAAGACAGUGUGUCACCAUCGAGGCUUUGAGAAAUGGCGUGUGUUGCCCAGACCUGUUCCCACUGUCUGGGCCUGGGACUGACCGCUGCGGCUCCUCAUCAGGAAGGGGCAGGUGUGAGGUGGUGACAGCUGACUCCCGACCCCACGGCCCCCAGUACCCACACGAUGGCAGAGACGACCGAGAGGGCUGGCCCACGCGCUUCUUCAACAGGACAUGCCACUGCAUUGGCAAUUUCUCAGGAUACAACUGUGGAACCUGCCGUCCUGGAUGGAGAGGAGCUGCCUGUGACCAGAGGGUUCUCAUAGUCAGGAGAAACCUACUGGACUUAAGUACAGAAGAAAAGAAGCGCUUUGUCCGGGCCCUGGAUAUGGCAAAGCGCACCAUUCACCCUCAGUUUGUCAUUGCCACCAGGAGAUCAGAAGAAAUAUUGGGGCCAGAUGGCAACACACCACAAUUUGAGAACAUUUCCAUUUACAACUACUUUGUUUGGACGCACUACUACUCAGUCAAAAAGACUUUUCUCGGGGCAGGCCAGGAAAGCUUUGGUGAAGUGGAUUUCUCUCAUGAGGGACCAGCGUUUCUCACGUGGCAUAGGUACCACCUGCUGCAGCUGGAGAGAGACAUGCAGGAAAUGUUGCAGGAUCCUUCUUUCUCCCUUCCUUACUGGAAUUUUGCCACCGGGAAGAACACCUGUGACAUUUGCACCGAUGACUUGAUGGGAUCAAGAAGCAACUUUGAUUCCAAUCUUAUAAGCCCGAACUCCGUCUUUUCUCAAUGGCGAAUGGUCUGUGAAUCCUUGGAAGAUUAUGAUACCCUGGGAACCCUUUGUAACAGCACUGAGGGUAGGCCAAUUAGGAGAAAUCCAGCUGGAAAUGUGGCUAGACCAAUGGUGCAACGUCUUCCUGAACCACAGGAUGUCACUCAGUGCUUGGAAGUUGGUUUAUUUGACACACCUCCUUUUUAUUCCACUUCUACAAACAGUUUCCGAAACACAGUGGAAGGUUACAGUGAUCCCACAGGAAGGUAUGACCCUACUGUGCGAAGCCUUCACAAUUUGGCUCAUCUAUUCCUGAAUGGAACCGGGGGGCAAACUCAUUUAUCUCCCAAUGAUCCUAUUUUUGUCCUCCUACAUACUUUCACUGAUGCAGUCUUUGAUGAAUGGCUGAGGAGAUACAAUGCUGAUAUAUCCACAUUUCCUUUGGAAAAUGCCCCUAUUGGACAUAACAGACAAUACAAUAUGGUACCAUUUUGGCCUCCAAUUACCAACAUAGAAAUGUUCGUUACUGCUCCAGACAACCUGGGAUACACUUAUGAAGUUCAAUGGUCAAGUCGGAAUUUUAGUAUUUCUGAGAUUGUUACCAUAGCGGUAGUUGCUGCUUUAUUACUGGUUGCAGUCAUUUUUGUGGGUGCUUCUUGUCUGAUUCGUGCCAGAAGAAACACGGAUGAAGCAAAUCAGCCUCUCCUUACUGAUCAGUAUCAACAGUAUGUUGAAGAAUAUGAAAAAAUCCAGAAUCCUAAUCAGUCUGUGGUCUAA